UGCUGUUUCAUGAGAGAAUCUGUUGACGUCUCAAUAGACUACCGCAACAAAUUCAAAAGCGACUGAGCUGAAAUGUGUAAUGGAAUUUUUGCGAUUAAUGCAUUUAAAGCUUGAACGAGUUAACAAAAACGAAGUCUCAGCUUAAGUCAGACAAGCAGAAGUUUUUUAAAAAAAAAUAAACUAGAUACUGGCAUCUUAACACACACAAAUACAUGUGUUUAGGUAUUUGUUAAUAAUAGUCAAAGUUACUAAACUUUAGUCUGUCAGUCUGUCAGAUAGUUAGCAUGAGAAGCUGUGAUCAAGUACUACCACUACAUACAUUUGUAAUAGCAACCACUACAAGUACGACAACUAUUUACUUAUUGCCAACAAUAUUAGCACGAGAAGCUGACCCAUCAUACUAGCAGACGGCGGUAUUUUACAAUCAGUCUAGAGCUAAACGUUGCCUUAGACAGUCUACAAAACACUGUCAACGCGGAAGAACUUGUGCAAAAUCAAUUAAAAUCCAAACAAGAAUCAAGUUUAAAAUUUUAAAUCUUUAACUACUCUUCGUUUGCCUAAUUAAUUUAAAACGUGUAUUUGUUUUUACUAACUAACUAAAAGUACAAUAAUAAAAUCAGUAAUACUACAAGCAAAAGGUGUGUAUUUUGAAAAAAAUCGUGCAAAGAAUAAAAUUGUUUAAAAUUGACAAACAACUUUAUUACUUUUAAAGUUAUUAAAAAAGAGUCAUUUUUUUAAACACUUAAACAAGAAUUGCGAAAAAAUCCCAAAUAGAAGAAAAAAUCCAAAUAAAAAAAGAGUCUUAUAAAACCUGUUAAACGUGUGCAAAUUGUAAAAAAAAAUAUUAAAGGAAAAAAAAUAUAUGUAGAAAAAAAUAUAUUUCUAACAAACACAGUAAAAUAUUCAUAAAAUACGGAAAUUAAAAAAGAAAAUUUAUUGUAAAAAUUGUAUGAAUUAAAUGCUUAAUAAAAAGCAUUUAUAAUAAAAAAUAAAUAAAUAUCCUUUCUCAAGGAUACAAAUUUUAAACGACUAUUGCACACAGCUACGAAUACAUACAGAUAAACGCGUAUCAUAAUUCAAGAAUAUCAGCACCAGUUUAAACAAACUUUUGGUCCUCUCCAUUACACUCUAUCUUUGUUGCAUACGAAAAUAUUUUUGCAUUGCCAACGCUGAAAAUAACAAUUGAAUUGGCCUGCUUAACAUCAAUUGCAGCAAUAACUUCAACACUUGACAAGACAACAUAAAUGAACAAGGAGUUAAACAAUCAUAUAAAAUUGUCAUAAGAAAGAGAAGUAGAGCACUAACAACAACUGCAAAAUAUUCAUUGGAUUGAAAAAUACACAACAGAUUCAUAUAUUUAGAAAGUAAUACGAACAAAGACAAUAGUAAAUGUUUGAGAGAAUUUGGACAUAAAGUAUAAAAUAUCAGCAACAUCAUCUAAAGACACAUACUACCACAAUUGUCAUAUACACAUAUAUAUUGGCUGGAGUUAUAAGAAACCUUCCACUUCCAAUCUACAAUAUCCAUAACUAAGUCUAAGUACUUGUGUGUGUAUUGAGAAAUAUCCAAACGUGGCAGAAAUAAAACAGAGUCAAAGUUGUAAAUAAGCACUUUGCAACAUUGUUGAACUAUAGUCUUAUUACAUGCAACAGUAGCAAUUCACACAAACACUCACACUUUAAACUUGCUAUAGAUAUCAAGUGAGUUGCUUCUGGAUCUUAUUUUUAAUACGCAAUACUCUGUGAUUUAUAGUCAAAUAGAACGAGAAGCAAUAAUAACAAGCAACCGGAUAGAAGUACUACAAGCGGAAAUAAAAGAAAAACGCCUCCGGAUAUACUCCAUAACUCUCUUGUGUUUUAACUGCCUUCUUUGCUUCUUUUGUAUUUAAGAAUUUGAAACAAUUUCAAGAACAUUUGGAAAUUGUAACCAAAUUAAAAAAACACACAUCCAUACGCACACUUUAUACACAUAAAUACUUUAAAUAUGGAUGCUGAAACAGAAGGAGUUCAACCCGUUCAACCAGCAAGUGCUGCCUCAGAUCCAGAAAAUGAUUUAGCUGCACGUCGUCGCCUGUUUAUGUCACAGCCAUCGACAUUGGCCUCAAGGCGUCAACAAGCCGUAUGUGUACGUCGUGCCCAUAAAAUGUAUGGCAGUUCCAAGAAUCCAAAUGUUGUACUCGAUGGUCUAAAUAUGACAGUACAAAAAGGCUCCAUUUAUGGUCUUUUGGGUGCAUCUGGCUGUGGCAAAACCACUUUAUUAUCCUGUAUUGUGGGUAGAAGACGUUUAAAUUCAGGUGAAAUUUGGGUAUUGGGUGGUCGUCCUGGCUCCAGGGGUUCCGGUGUACCGGGACCAAGAAUUGGUUAUAUGCCACAGGAGGUGGCUUUAUAUGGUGAAUUUACUAUGAGGGAAACAUUAAUCUACUUUGGUUUAAUUGCUGCCAUGUCCCGCAGCGACAUUGAAGAUAGAACUGAGUUUUUGUUGAAACUUUUAAAUUUGCCAAAUGGUUCGAAAUUCGUUAAAAAUUUAAGUGGUGGUCAACAGCGUCGCAUGAGUUUAGCAGUGGCGUUGCUGCAGGAGCCGGAAUUGUUAAUUUUGGAUGAACCUACAGUAGGUGUGGAUCCGGUGUUACGUCAAAGCAUAUGGGAUCAUCUAGUGGAUAUAACCAAGAAUGGUAACACAACUGUGAUAAUUACAACACAUUACAUCGAUGAAUGUGCCCAAGCGCAUGUGAUUGGUUUAUUGCGUGGUGGCAGAAUGUUGGCAGAGGAAUCUCCAGAAUUUCUGAGACAACAAUACAAUGCUGAUUCAUUGGAGGAGGUCUUCUUAAAAUUAUCUGUCCUGCAGAAUAUGGGUAAACGUAGAAGAUCUUCUAUAGCUCAGGAAAUUGUAGAACAGGUGGCAGUGCCAGCCAUUUCUAAUCCAGCCUUAGAUUUAUCGGAUGAACAAAAUCCUGCUGAAAUUUCGGGAGAGUUUGGUGAUAAUAUUUCUAUGUCUUCGGCCAUACGUGAUCCCAUAUCAUCGCAAGCUGCUCCCGCACCACCUUUGCCACCAGAGCAAGAAAUACAAACUUCAUUCUUGUACAAUCUACAUGUAAUGAGUUCACAUCAUUUGCACGCUUUAAUAUGGAAAAACUUUUUGUGGAUGAUGCGUAAUGUGGGCAUAAUGUUGUUUAUUGUUGGUUUACCGGUUGUUCAGAUUAUUUUAUUCUGUUAUGCCAUUGGUCAUGAUCCUACUGGUUUGAAAAUUGCUGUUUCCAAUCAUGAAAUGACCGAGGAAAUGAUUAUGCAACAAAGUUGUCCUGUGCGUAUGGGUUGCAAUCAAACCAUGUUAAGUUGUCGUUAUCUGGAUUUGUUGGUGAAGAAUAAGAGUAUGGUUGUGACAUUUACCAGUAGUGAUGAAGAAGCUAAUGAAAUGGUGCGCCGUGGCCAGGCCUGGGGUUCUUUGGUAUUUGCUGACAACUAUACAGAAUCAUUAGUGGAACGUACAGAAAACGGACGCUAUACUGAUGAUGCUACAGUGGAAUCUUCGGAUCUUAAUGUUAAACUUGAUAUGUCAAACCAACAAAUCUCCACUUUGUUAUAUCGUGAUUUGCAAUAUGCCUUCUUUAGUUUUGUGGAAAAUAUAUUAAUCGAUUGUGAUUUAAAUCCCAAACUUGGACGAGUUCCAGUCAACUGGAAUCAACCUAUUUAUGGUUUUAAUAAUCCCAACUUUACGGACUUUGCUGCUCCUGGUGUUAUCCUGACCAUUAUCUUCUUUUUAUCGGUGGCCAUUACCUCGGGAGCCAUGUUAAUCGAACGCAAUGAAGGCAUGUUAGAACGUUGUUUGGUGGCAGGCAUUACGGGACCUGAAAUUCUUUUGGCCCAAGUUUUAACCCAAUUCACUGUAAUGUUUAGCCAAACGGCUUUUGUUUUAUUGGUUAGCUUUUAUUUCUUUGAAUUGACAAUUGUGGGAAGUAUUUGGUUGGUAGUGGGUUUGUGUAUACUUAAUGGUCUCUGUGGCAUGUGCUUUGGUUUUGUUAUAGCCUGUGCUGUGGACACCGAACGUACUGCCACUUAUGUAGCCAUGGGCUCUUUUCUGCCCAUUGUCAUGUUGUGUGGAAUUAUUUGGCCCGUUGAAGGCAUGUUUCCAUUUUUGCAAUUUGUUACCGCCUUCUUGCCCCUCACCAAACCUACUGAAUCACUGCGUUCUAUAUUACAACGUGGCUGGGAUAUGUCAAAUCCCUCUGUUUACAAUGGUUUCAUAUCAAUUUCAUCUUGGGUUUUAGUUUUUCUAAUAUUGACCAUUUUGUUAUUGAAAUUCAAAAAGGGUUAAACAAAGGGGUUUGCUUUAAUUAUAAUGUGGUUUUUUGGGGGGGGGGUAGAUUAAUUAUUUUACUCUUUUUUUUUUUUUGCUUUAAUAGUAAAGUAGUUUAGUAGUUUGCAUAAAUUUUGUCAUUUCAUUAAUAAAUUAAUAUUCAAGUCUUAUAAUUUUUGUAUUAUUCAUAAUCUUAGGGGUUACUUGUUAAAUAGAAGUAAGA